CCAUCAUAAACUCUUACACAUUUCUAAUAAACACUCACAUUGGGAAGAGAUGGCUUCAAAGACCAAUACCCCAUUAGCUCUCUUCCUUGCACUCAACCUCUUGUUUUUUGCACUAGCUAGUGGUUGUACCACAUGCCCUAGCCCUACCACAAAACCAAAUCCAACAUCAACCGGGGCUUGUCCCAGGGAUGCUCUUAAACUAGGUGUGUGCGCCAAUGUGCUUGGCAGCUUACUUAAUCUUGUCGUUGGAGACCCACCAGUUAAGCCAUGUUGCAGCCUUCUUGACGGCCUUGUUGACCUCGAGGCUGCCGUUUGCCUUUGUACUGCUAUCAAGGCUAACAUUCUUGGAAUCAAUCUUAAUGUGCCAGUGUCUCUUAGUUUGCUUCUAAAUGUUUGUAGCAAGCAAGUUCCAAAGGACUUCGUAUGUGCUUAAACGAUCAACUGUCUAUGUUACCCCUUGUGUGUGUGUUUGUUUUCGAGUGUGAAAAUUGUUUAUUGUUUAAUCUCUAAAAGGGAGAAAGUAUUUUAAUUUCUUUGUAACGGUGGUUUGAAGAAUUAUUUUGUGGGAAUAAAGUUUAUAUUUAAAGUUUCUAUUUA